GAGCUGACAAUGCGCAGAGGAUCCCGAUGACAAGUAGCACAUCGAUUAAGGCUUCGUGAUUUGACAUCCCCGCUGAUAGACAUCGCAGCUCUGCCCACGUUACGGACAGAGCAGCCAAUGACGGGAUGCAUUUAAACCAGACGCCCGUGGGCUCGGACCAAUGGGAGCGCUGCUGCUUUGUUUUCCUGCCUACGUCUGCGCCCGUCCCUGUGACUGUGGCUUCUGUUUUGUGCGCACAUGUGACCACAGAAGGCGCUUACUGGUAUUUAAAACAUCAUCGAUCGGGUGCUGAAGUGGACAGCUCCCCGCCCAGAUAAAUAGCCCCAAAGCAAAACAUAAUGGCUCGCCGGCUUUCCCAUUGUCAAGACGACUCUGAAGCCCUUGCUCUUUUUUAGCACUCAGUGAGGAUCUCCGUUUCCCUCAGCCGCGCGUCAUCUUUGAACAUUGACGGACUCCUUUUAAGCCACCGGAGAGAAAGCCUCGGUGUUCUCCGCGCAGUUAGGCGGAUGUUGUAACACAUGUAGCUGAACCUAGAUCACGAUCUCUCUCUCUUUUCUUUUUUCUUUUCUUUUCUUUUCUUUUCUUUUUUUUUAAACAAAGGAGGUUAGAUUGUUUCAGAUUUAUUCGCAUCAGUGCUGCCGGAGAGAAGCUCCGGGGCCGUUUGAUCUCCUGAGGGGAAGCGCACAGGUAACCUAAAGCCAUUUAGGCUGUGGACGCAUUAAUGUCUAAGCCGCUCUCUGUGCCUGCUUGCACACAGGAAGGAGCAUGGAUAGAGAGGAAUUGUCUCUGACUAGUGCGCUGAGUGGAUUUGCAGAGCGAGGGGUGAGCUCCUGUGGAAACUAAACUGAGGACAGUGGCUAAACGCGCCAUCUCCAAAAGCUCGCCAUUUCUCUCCAAGCUUCUGCUGUGAAUUAUUUCUUAUUUUCUGACGUGGAUGCAGAUUCUCUUUUAGUCAGCCAUGGGGAAAGAGGAGUGCAAAACUAUGCUGGACGCUUUGAACAAAGUGACCGCCUGCUACAGGCAUUUGGUCAUCGCCCUGGGAAGCACUUCGGAUUCACAGAACCUGCGAGAGGAGCUGAAGAGGACCCGCAAAAAGGCCCAGGAGCUGGCCGUGGCCAACAGGACUAAACUGACCACCCUGCUCAAAGACAAGACCAUCAGUAAAGAAGACCGGGCCGAGUACGAGCGCCUAUGGGUGCUGUUCUCGAGCAGCAUGGAGGUCCUGGAGGUGGACAUGAAAAGGUCCCUGGAAAUAGGGCAGGAUUUCCCCCUCAAGGUUCCGACAAGACACCUCAUCCAGACAGGGAUGACAGGGAGCACCACCGCGGUGGCUGCCCGGGCCAUGAGCGUGCAGAACAUGAAGUAUGAGGCCGACAGCAACAUCGACACGGCGGACCUCCGAGACCUGCAGUCCGAGAUCUCCCAGGUGAGCAACAUGAUGGAGGAGAUGGAGAUGAAGGUGCAGGUGGCGCCGUGGGCCGUCGAGGCGAAGCAGGAGGCAGGCGCCGAGCUCAAGUCCAACAUGAGUGUGGGGAAUUCCUCCGUGGGUGUCAUCUCCAUCUGCGAAGAGGAGCCCAAAGAAGAGGAAGGUGGAGGAACCAGGGAGACUGGUUUCGCGUCCAUCUGCGCCGUGGCUGGAUUCUUUGUCAUCGUUACAGUCGCGGUGGUUCUCGGAUAUUUGGUCGUCAAUAUGUCCUGAACACCCAGAAGCCCACCCUAAUGGACAUCCAGCGAGGCUGCCCACGGGAGCGUCAACGUGGGUAAGAGCCGGCAGCUCCCCAAGAGAGAGAAAGAAAGAGAGAGGGAGAGAGAGAGGAAAGCGUUUUGAUGGCUGGAGGGGCUGAAAAUAUUGUGGACACACGAAGUCGUUAGUCUUUUUCAGAUCCGUGAAUGUAUUCGAUGGAGACGAAGAGUAGAGCACUAGAUAAAAUGUACUAGAACAAUAUAUUCAGUGUGUGUGAGGACGGGUGUGGGGUACAAAAAGUAUUUUUUGAGGGAUCAAUGGGUCGUGUAUUUUUGGAAGAGAUGGAAAAAAGUCAUAAAAUUACGUGACAGCGUCUGGCCAUCAGGAUGAUAUGAACUACACGUAAUCCAAGUGGAUUAGUGGAAAAGCUCAAGCGUAAAUGUAGCCUACUGCUAAGUAUUCCCCUUGAUGGUCUCCUGAUUGAUGCUUUAAAUUUAUGAUUUCAGUCCAGGGAAGGAAAGCUGUGUCCCGGUGAGCAGGGGGCCAUCAAGUCAGAAAGUUAAAGUCAUGUUGCUUGGAAAGAAAUAGUGAAGCCUGUUAGUCUUUGCUCUUGAAGACACACUGAUCUGAUGUAAUCUAGUCUGCACUGUUCUACUCCUCAUAGCACAGUUAUAAUGAAUCAUAAUAACAUGUAUAGCCAGAGCAUAGUCGGCCUGCAUCUAAGUUCACUGCAUCGAAUCACUAUGUGCUUCAUGAGAGCCUUGGGACCUAUAAGAGGCAUCUUUUAAUAAUGCACCCGUUCACUGUAAGCCUGCUCUUGUUCCUUUCAGGGUUUUCUUGCAAACACUGUUGAAUGUAUACACUAAAACAUGUGAAUAGAGGGUUUGUAUAUACAGUCUACUGCUGUGUCAGAUAAUGUACAUACAAUCAAGUAUAUUUAUUAUAAUAAAACUUUUAAAACACA